UGCAGUAGUAAUGGAGCAGCAUUGAAUGUAUUCGAGCUCUUUCACUUUGAAAAAGUUUUGCUGUUUUUUGGUCUGUUUGAGGGAGGUUCACGGGCGAUGAGUCCUGAGAAGAGAUUUCAUACAUCUGACUGGAAAAAUACUCUUUUAUUGUCCUCAUCUACACAAAGAACCACAUAUUAAAAUCAGCCCGUGGAGAUAUGACUAUAGGAGCUGAUCUCUCUCGCUCACACACAAACACACAGAAACGCACACAUGGUGGAGGUGCGGUGUUAAGGUGUGCCAGCAGUGUGUGUUGAUGGCUGGAUGUAGGGGUCAAAUGGUGUGUUAAAGGCGCCAUGGGGAGCUGCUAUAGCUGUCCCGAGAAAGAGAUCAUCCCUGACAACCAUCACAAUAAAUUCAAGGUGAUAAAUGUUGAUGAUGAUGGUAAUGAACUGGGCUCGGGCGUGAUGGAGUUGACCGAGGAAGAGCUGAUUCUGCACACGUGCAAACGAGAGUCUGUGAAGUGGCCCUACCUCUGUCUACGUCGCUAUGGCUACGACUCUAACCUCUUCUCUUUUGAGAGCGGCCGGCGCUGCCAAACUGGUCAAGGUAUAUUUGCAUUUAAGUGUGGGCGAGCUGAGGAGAUCUUCAACAUGCUGCAGGACAUCAUGCACAACAACAGCAUCAGUGUUGUGGAAGAACCAGUGCUGGAGCCAGAGCUCCCAGUUACACCACACACUCCUACCACUCCUGGUUACUCUAUCCCAACGGUAGCUAACGGAAUCGGCCGUUACCCAUCGUUUGGUGACGCUUCCUCGCGGCCUUCGAGCCGUCACCCGUCAGUGGGUAGCGCUAGGUUACCGUCAGUGGGGGAGGAGUCAACACACCCGCUACUGCUCAAUGAUGAAACGGUGCACACUUAUGUCAACACGAUGGGUCUGCAAGAUGAGCGGCGCUGUCACAGCAGUGGCCACGCCCCUCUGGAACUCCGGAAGUCCAAUUCAGAGAGCACAGUCCCGGCGAUGCCCAAUGAGGUCGAGCCAUGGGUGGUUUUGGAGCCAGAGAGUGCCAAGUUUGUGUUAGGCCCUACCCCUGUACAGCGACAAAUGCUGCUUAAAGAGAGACAGCGAGAACUCUGCGAACAGGAGUUAGGCGCGGUUAGCUCUAGUGUAGAACACGUCGCCUCUCCUACAAAUACUGUAAACGGCUGCGCGGGAACCGCGACAGACUGCGACACCGGUUACGACAGUGACGAGCACAAGGAGGCGUCGCACGAGCAUUACAACAGCGUAGCUCCUCCUAGACGCAGCAGACCCCCAGUGCCUCUUCCCGACGCCCACAAUGCCAAUAACUCCGCCCAGAGGCGGACUGCACUGCUCAACUACGAGAACUUGCCACCGUUGCCUCCUGUGUGGGAGACUCGCAAACCAUACAGCAAGGCAGAAGAGGAACUCAAGUCAUCCUCUCUCAACGGAUUCCACAUUCCACAUUCCCUCGACCCCCAGCACAACUAUGUCAACACGGAGAACGUCACAGUGCCGCUCAGUGUGCACAACCUCCAAACCUCCAGCGCUCAGCCUACAGUCUUCAACUUUGACCUCCAAAGACUCGGGGUGGGCGACCCGCUCCGGCAACUCAACUACAUUGAGGUGGAGAUGGACAAAGUAUCGGACUCCAGCGUGCCUCACACCCCGAAAACACCCACCACGCCUUUACCACCAACCCCUACGCGGCGGACAGAGCUGUACGCGGUUAUAGACAUCGCACGCACGGCCGCUAUGUCCAGCCUGCAGAAAGCGCAGCCACGUGAUGAUGGCACAUCCAGGAAAACUCGACACAACAGCACGGACCUGCCCAUGUGAUCUGACCGGGCACUGAUCGCUGCUGCAGUUCUUUUAUGAAUUUAGUAAUAAAGUUGGUUUUGCUCCUCCCAAAAUGCAUGGGUGAAUGUCAUUAAAACAUUCGGGUCACAUUUCACCCAUAAAAUCAAAAGAAAUAAAAUUAAUAACAUUUUUAAAAGAAAUUGAAGCCUAUUUUAUGAACAUUUCGAUUUUUAGUAUUGUGACAUUAUUUUCAUGACAUUUAAACACAUUUCCCCCCCAAUUUCUCCUUUUCUUUAAUUCAGCCGGACCUUUUAGUUGGGAAUUGUAAUUUUUUUUUUUAUU